UAAAAUCACUCGUCAUCGUUGUGGGCUAUGAAGUCAAAAGUCAUUUACGAUAGCUGUCAAAAUGUUGAAUUACUAAAUAACAAUUUCGCUGAGGUAAUUCUAACAAUGAUAACUAUGAUAUCAUGAUGGAUGAUAUAUAUACUUUUAUUUAUAUUUCCUAUUAAGUACUUUGUUAAUAAACUACGUGUCACCCGAGAUUCCGUCUGAGCGGAAUAAAAAAAAAACUCAGUAGUAUGUAUGUUCUUCCAGACUAUGUUCUAUGCCUUUUAUCCCUAAAAGAGUGCAAUUUAAAAGAAAUGCUAAAAGCACGAAAGUACAUAGUGAAGAAACAUUUUGAAGGUGUACCGAAGCGGGAUGAUUUUGAAAUAGUGGAAUUUGUACUGCCAGCUUUAAAACUCGGUGAGGUUUUAGUUAAAACUGAAUGGAUCAGCGUAGAUCCAUACUUACGCGCUCGCAAUGCUAUGUAUCGCCUACCGUUCGACCAAUUUUCAUCUCAAAUCGGACAAGUUAUAGAAAGCCACCACAACAAAUAUCCCGUUGGUACUAAAAUUGUAUCUCAUAUCGGUUGGUGUGAUUACGGUAUAGUAGAUAUGAACGAAGAGGAACCACUCAGAACUUAUAAACUACCAGAUUUUGAAGCCCUGCCUACGUCUUAUGGAAUUGGUGUUCUCGGUAGACCGGGAGCGACUGCUUAUUUUGGACUUCUAGAUAUUUGCAAACCAAAGUUUGGAGAAACUGUUGUCGUAACAGGUGCUGCUGGUGCAGUAGGUUCUUUGGUAGGACAAAUCGCUAAAAUUCAAGGAUGCAGAGUAAUCGGUUUCACUGGCUCGGACAAGAAAGUAAGAAUUUUAGAAGACGAACUCGGUUUUGAUUUUGCGUUUAAUUAUAAAACAGUUGAUAUUUCAGAGGUUUUAAAAAAUGCAGCCCCCUAUGGUGUUGAUUGUUACUUCGAUAAUGUUGGUGGAGAAAUAAGCAGUGUAAUUAUUAAAGAAAUGAAUACUUUCGGAAGAGUUGCUUGCUGCGGCAGUAUAAGUUCAUACAAUGACAAUCCAGAUAAAAUGUCAAAAGCAUCAAUUGUACAACCAUUUAUAGCUGGUAAACAGAUUCAACUUGAAGGUUUUAAUGUAUCAAGAUUUGCCGAUAGAUGGCAUGAAGCUUUACCAGUUAUUGUUAAUUGGAUAAAAACGGGACAACUCAAAGUAAAAGAACAUGUAACGAUAGGUUUUGAUAACGUAUUUGGUGCCUUCGUAGGGAUGUUAGCAGGAGAAAAUGUGGGCAAGGCUGUUGUUAGAAUGUAAUAACGUGUAGUGCGCUAAACUAUAGAAAAAAUAACUAAUAUUUCUAUCAU